CUGUCACAGGGAAGGGGGGAGGGAGGGAAAGAGGGAGGGGGAGAGAGAAAUGCAGAGGCAGCAGCCGCGGCAGUGCUCCAGCAGGCACUAGGCACUCCAGUCCCGGCGAGCGAGCGGGCGAGAGCCAGAGCGCUCCGAGCGAGGCGAGGGGGCUCUGGGCUACCUGGGACUCUCUUUGUGACACCCCAGCACACAAACACACCGACAGGGACAGAGGAAAAACACAUAAAGAGCUCCAACAUGGGAGGCAAACUGAGCAAGAAGAAGAAGGGAUACAGUGUCAAUGAUGAAAAAGCUAAAGACAAAGACAAGAAGGCUGAAGGAGCAGCAACUGAGGAAGAGGAGACUCCAAAGGAGGCUGAGGAUGCCCAGAAAACCACAGAGACCACAGAAGUGAAGGAGAACAACAAGGAGGAGAAGGGAGAAAAGGAUACUCAGGUCACUGCCAAUAAGACAGAAGAAAAAGAAGGGGAGAAGGAGAAAACAGUGACCCAGGAAGAGACCCAGAAAACAGAACCUGAGAAGUCGGAGGCCGUUGUCGAUGCAAAGGUAGAGCCACAGAAGAACACUGACCAGGCAGCCAAGCAAGAGGAGCCCGCUGCUGCCUCUGCUCCUGCUGCCAGCAGCGAAGCACCCAAACCCUCCGAGCCUAGCAGCGACGCAAAAGCUUCCCAGCCCUCAGAAGCCACAGCUCCCAGUAAAGCGGAUGACAAGAGCAAAGAGGAAGGGGAAGCCAAAAAGACUGAGGCUCCCGCAGCGCCUGCAGCCCAAGAAACUAAAAGCGAAGCGGCGCCAGCUUCAGACUCAAAACCUAGCGGCAGCGAGGCUGCUCCUCCUUGCAAGGAGCCCGCGGCAGCAGCAGCGCCCAGCGCCGCUGCCAAGGCCUCGGACCCCGCAGAGGAAGCCAAGCCUUCCGACGGCCCCGCCGCUAACUCGGAUCAAACCAUAGCAGUGCAAGAUUAAACUGGACAGCCUGUUGAAACAACCACUUAAAACAACCUGUGUCUUUUUUUUAUUUUUUCAGCUAUACUAACUCGUUUCAGAUCUGAAAUAGCAAAUGUGUAUUGCCCAGAAAAGAAGGAGAAACAAAAAAAAAAAUAAUAA